CCUGUGCAAGAGGAAGUGUGCCUUUCCUGCCAGGGGAGGGUCCCGGAUUAACUCGGCUCUGUCCGCCUCACACCAAACGCUCAGCUGAUAACUGCUGCUGAAGGAUAUACUGGAGGCUCUGCUAACAGUCUGAGGGCUGCUGUGGUUUACUUUGGCAGACUGCAGUGGAGAGCAAGAGGAGGGGAUUGUUUUCUGCCUGGAGGAGGAGGAGGAGGAGGAGGAGGAAGGAAAGAAUGCUAACUUCACUAAAACUGGUGAUUUGUUGCCGUGGGGAGGAAAAACCUGAGUAAUGGAGAAAGAGAUCUUGUGUCAGGCUGCGUAAACGGCCUGAGAGAUGAGCAGGGUUUAAUGCAGCAUGUCCAUUGGAGCGAGGCACCCAGAGGCCGAGGCAGGAUUCGUUCCGAGCGUUCAAGACUUUGACAAGAAGCUCGCUGAAGCUGACGCCUACCUGCAGAUACUGAUUGACCAGUUAAAGCUGUUUGAUGAGAAGAUCAAGGACUGCAAAGAGGAUGAAUCCCGCAGAAAAAUUGAAAAUUUGAAGGAGACUACUUGUAGUAUGGUAGAGUCCAUCAAGCACUGUAUUGUACUGCUGCAGAUUGCCAAGGACCAAAGUAACGAACAACAACACGCAAACGGACUUAUAAGCACCAUCAACCCAGUGGAUGGGAUCUACCAGCCCCCUCUGGACACUCCUGUAGUCAACACCACGAUGCCAACACAGACCACACUACCCACAGACGCUUCUCAGGUGUGUAAAUCAGACCAACGACCCUCCACGUUACCUGUUGGUCCCGUCGUCACAGUGAUGGGCAGUUUGCAGACCCCAACUCCCAACAGCACAGGGAGCGGUCCGUCGGGCCCCAGCAGCGGCGUCGCCUCCCCGGCUCACAUCCCCCUCCCAUCGCACUCGGUGCCAGACUUCUCCUAUUCCUCCAGCGAGGACGAGUUCUACGACGCUGACGAGUUUUACCAGAGCAGCACUUCCCCGAAACACUGCAUAGAUCCCUCAGGGCCUCCUGCAGCAUCACCGCUCACUAAUGAAGAAACGGCACUGAAAAGACCCGACACCACCGAGUCCCUCAACUCGUCCAUGUCCAAUGGAACCACAGACGCAGAUCAGUUUGACAGCCACGAUGACCGAGAUGACGACGGCGAAGGAGAGUCGGUGGAAGAGCACAAGAGCGUCAUCAUGCAUCUGCUCUCUCAAGUUCGUCUGGGCAUGGACCUCACCAAGGUGGUCCUGCCUACGUUCAUCCUGGAACGGAGAUCUUUGUUAGAAAUGUACGCCGACUUCUUUGCGCAUCCGGAUUUAUUUGUAACUAUCGCGGAGCAGCCGGAGCCUCGAGAGCGAAUGGUUCAGGUGGUGAAGUGGUACCUGUCAGCUUUCCACGCAGGGAGGAAAGGCUCGGUGGCCAAGAAACCUUACAACCCGAUCCUGGGUGAAGUCUUCUACUGCCACUGGGAUCUUCCCAGCGAGACGGAGGAACCUUCUCCACAUACGGAGACAGUAUCAGAAGGUCCAGUUCCCUGGUCUUCAACCAACAGUGUGUGUUUUGUGGCAGAGCAGGUCUCUCACCACCCACCCAUUUCUGCAUUCUACGCAGAGUGUUUAAAUAAGAAGAUCCAGUUCAACGCUCACAUCUGGACCAAGUCAAAGUUUCUUGGCAUGUCCAUAGGAGUCCACAACAUCGGCCAAGGUUGUGUAUCGUGUUUGGAGCACGACGAACAUUAUAUUCUCAACUUCCCCAACGGAUACGGCAGGUCGAUUCUGACGGUGCCGUGGGUGGAGCUGGGCGGCGAAUGCAACAUCUCCUGCUCCAAGUCGGGCUACAGCGCCAACAUCGUGUUCCAUACCAAACCCUUCUAUGGCGGGAAGAAGCACAGGAUCACCGCCGAGAUUUUUGCACCAAAUGACAGGAGGUCCUUCUGCUCCAUUGAAGGAGAAUGGAACGGAGUGAUGUAUGCAAAGUGGGCAACUGGAGAGAACACGGUGUUCAUAGACACUAAGAGGAUGGGCAUCAUCAAGAAGAAGGUCAGGAAGCUGGAAGACCAGCUGGAGUACGAGUCCCGAAGAUUAUGGAGAGAUGUGACUCUGAACCUGAAGCUGAAGGACAUCGAUGCAGCAACAGAAGCCAAACAUCGGUUGGAGGAGAAACAAAGAGCCGAAGCCAGAGAGAGGAAGGAGAACGAGCAGCAGUGGGAGACCAGGCUGUUCCAUGAGGACGGGGAGUGUUGGGUCUACGACGAGCCGCUGCUAAAGAGAUUAGCAUCUCAGAGGCACUGAGGAGACUCGCUCCGACAAACACACACACAUAUGCAUAAAGAAAUGCACACAAACACAACGGAGUCUUCAUAAGAACUCUUUUGCGAAAAAACCCACUUGUUUGUCCAAGCCUUGGAAUGACUGAUGAUUGAAUAUGUACACUGCUUUGCAUUUGACUGUAAACCGAUAUGGAAACGAAUGACGAGCAUCAAAGAUGUAACAUGAGUAUUAGCGAAGCUCCUCUCCUUGUUCCACCAAACACCCGCCACCUGCCAACACGAGACUCGGCAGCGCAGAGCGAACAGACGAGUCUCUCCGCCGUCCGUUAGCGUCACACCACUCCAGCGGGACGAGCCGGAGAAGCACUCAUUUCCCUGCAUACCUGGCUUUGUUUUUUAAAUUCCGAGGGGGGACGAGAGGUGUGCGGUUGAAUAAAACAGCGCUCUACAUCUCAGGGAAUCUGCUGACUGAGGAAAGAAAGCUGCUGCCCCCUGCAGAGUCUGACAGCCUUAUGACGGUGGGACGGAUGAAUCCUAAAGGGGCCGGAGAGAACCUCUCUGCUUGCCUGCAACUAGUUAGAACUGUUGUUUAUAUAUAGAUAUACAUAUGAUGGAUAUAUAAAUAUAUAUUCUUUUUUAUUUUCAAUGCUCUUUUUUGUUUUUUUUUUCCUUUCUGGCAAUAGUGUAAAAUAUUUGAGAAUAUGAACUUUGAUGGCUUUACAUCUUUAGGAAUCAUUCCAUUUAGCCUUUUUUUUUGUUCCCAUCUUUUCAACCUAUCCGGUCACUCACACUGUCCUGCGUUUCGAGUUUUCAUCCAGAAGCAGAUCCCUUCAUGAAGCCAUAGCGUCUGAGCUCACAGAUCUGGAGGAAGUCGUGGUAGAUUUUAAGGAAUAUAUGCAAUACAGAUAGAAGUAACGUAAAAUGCCUGCAAAAGGACACGUUUAGAUGUCCGCGAUGCCAAAAAAAAAUAGAGAAAAAGGCUAAAGGGACUUUGAUCGAACAGUCAAAGGUUUCGCUGAAGGCAUUUCUGAACAAAUGAUUGUUUACAUGUUUUUGUCUUUCUGGACUGAAUAAAGUCGCGUUGUCAAAAAGAGUGAAGCAGAGAAAGAGUCCCAAAUAGCGCCGCGUUCUCCUGGUUCAGUCGUCUUGUAAUUUACUUGUUUUUUGUCUGAUGAUUUUCAAGAUUAAGAACCACAUGGAGGCUGACGUUGAUCCCGCUGUACACCUCAACUACCUUCUGAUUUACAGCCGCACAAGUUGGAUCUAAAUGCAACUAUAUUCGGAUGACAUAGAGAAAUAAAAAGCAUUUUCACCUGGAAGAUUCUGUAGCGAUGCUCAUAGCAUAGCAGCCCCCGUGUUCUUAUCUUUGUGUGUUUUUUUCCUGCAUAUUUGGUUCAAAAAGUUGAUUAAUUCAGAUCAAUUAAUCCGGUGAAGGGAUCUAUAAAGUUUCUUCUGGUGCUGUUGGGCAAAUCCAGUGAUGUUAAAGGUUUCCGUAGUUGUAGCCAACGAUUAAAUCCUGAAUAAAAUUUUUAAAAAUGCCUUUUUUGAAAUAUGCCAACUCUAAAAUUAGAGCUAAAUUGGAUGACUUUGUCUUUUUUCCUCCAUGUUCUGUCUUUGUAAGUUUUCUUGAAUAGAGGCCUUGCCAUUUAUUUCAGUAUCGCUCAGCAUUGCCUGAUAGAGAGCAAACAAAACAAAUGUACUUUUUAUUUCCUUCUCAUCAUAACCAUUGAUUGUAUCCGAUUCUCCUGUUUAUUGACGCAUAAUAUUAAAUCUCCAUGAGUUUA